GAACGGACAAACCACUCGCGACAACACCAGCAAAUCGCUCUCAACAUGAAUUCAUAUAUACCAUAACCCAUAUCCAGCAAUCCCCCAUCUCCCAUCUCCAACCAACACUCCACGCCCGAUAACACAAAUCCCGAAAAUAACGUACCUACAGCAGCACAAUGCCCGGAAAAACACCAUCAUCAGACCUGGAUAUCCUCAACGAGCCCGACUGGAAAAAAACACACAGCCACCACAUCGGCACACGCUCCCGCGACGCUAGACACAUCGGUCUCACACAUCCUGGCGAUGACAGACCUCAAGAUUAUCAGGAAGAUUUGGAGGGUAUUGCGGGAGAGAAACUUGAUGAGUUGAGGGAGAUGGUUAGGAGAGGGGAGCUGGUUAGUGUACGCGAUAUUCUCACUAGACAGAUGCGGCCUGAGGUGCAUCCGAGGUUUUGGAGGUAUGUGUUGCAUACGACCGAGGAAUUUAUUAAGGAGGAGCAGCCGUGGGCUGUGAAUUUGAAGAAGAGGGAGAGGGAGCAGAGACAGAGAGACGAAGAGAGACAGAGGCAGGAUGGGGUGGAUGGAGUGCAGAAAGGGCAGAGUGCAGAUGGACAAGAUGAAGAUCCGAAGGACGGUACAGGGGAAGGCGAGGAGAAGGACAAGCCCAAGCGCUCAGUUGAAGAGGAGGCGUUACUGCAGUGUCUGCGCUACGAGCAGGAGUAUCGGGCGUCAAUAGCAAUGAACAACGGCCAGGGUUAUUCCAAUCUGCAGAAUGAGGAUCUCCCAAGGCUAAUAGAUGAAGCGGACCAAUUCUCUCCCGAUAGUUGGAUUCCUCGAAGUGACAAACUCACUCGUCUAACCGGAAAACAUCCAUUGAAUGCCGAAGUAAACCUCACCACUCUCUUCGACGGCGGCCUCAUUACACCCUCACCAAUACACUACGUCCGCAAUCACGGCUCCGUCCCACAUCUGCUCUGGGAAAAUCAUAAACUUGAGGUUAUUGCUGGUAAACACCUAUUCUUGGGAAUGGACGAACUAAAGAAUCAGUUCGAAAGCAUCAACAUCCCCAUCUUCCUAGCCUGCGACGGGAGCCGCAGAAAAGAACUCAACAUGAUGAAGAAAACCCGUGCCUUCAACUAUACCGCAGCUGCAGCGGGGUGUUCGUACUGGAAGGGAGUCUUACUUCGCGACGUUUUACUAGCAGCGGAUGCUCAGCAACUUGCAAAAAGUAACCCGAAUAAAUCAUUCUGGGUAAACUAUGAAGGCGCCGACAAUCUUAGCGAAGGAAAAUACGAAACAUGCCUUCCGCUCGACUACGCCCUCGAUUCCAAUAACGAUGUGCUACUCGCCUACGAAAUGAAUGACCAUCCCAUCCCCCCAGACCACGGAUAUCCCCUACGCCUAAUGCUCCCCGGCUGGGUCGGUGCUCGAUCUGUAAAGUGGUUGAGCAAAAUCUGGCUCACCGAUUACGAAAACGACAGCUACUACUACAUCUACGAUAACAGGCAACUUCCGAGUUUCAUUGACGACCCCGAAUCAGAGAUCGCGCAGAUUAUGUACCGUCAUCCGAGUACGAUAUGCACGACACAGAUGCUGAAUUCUGUUAUCGUCAGGCCUGCGCAGGGGGAGAGGAUUGAUUUGGGGGGUUUAAAGAAAGGUACGAUGUAUCGGGUUGAAGGAUAUGCGUAUAGCGGGGGUGGGAAUGAGGUUGAUCGGGUGGAGUAUCCCGAUGCGCCGAUCCGGCAUGGAAGGAAGUUUUGGACGUGGCUGCAUUGGCAUAUUGAUUUGCCAGUUAGCAGGUUCAUUCGCGCGGAGAGUAUCCUGGUUCGUGCGUUUGAUGAGCAUAAGAAUACGCAGCCUCCGAAGCCUGUGUGGAAUAUCGAGGGAAUGAUGAACAACUGCUGGUACGAAGUCCGGCCCGAAACUCACGAUUCCUCGGACACUUCAACAUCCCUCCUCUUCCGCCACCCUGUCGACGCCGGCACCAGCACAAAUGGCUGGAUGAAGCCCUCCACCUCCGAACAAAUCGAAUCCAUCAAACAGAAAGCAUCAGCCCCCGAGAAGCAAUUCACCAGACAGGAGAUCGAGAAACAUAAUACUGAGGAUGAUUGCUGGAUCGUGGUUAAUGGGAACGUAUACGAUGCGACCAGUGUGCUUGGUUGGCAUCCUGGGGGUAAAGGAGCUAUUUUGGCGCACGCGGGGGCUGUGCAUGUUGAUACAACGGAGGAGUUUGAGAGUAUUCAUGAUAAUUAUGCACAGGAUAAGUUGAAGGAAUGUAUCAUUGGAAAGGUCACGCAAAAGGCAAUGGAUCAUAUGAAGAAAGACGCAGAACAGAAAAAGGCAGAAGCAUCACAAACUGACAAGACAGAUCCCGACGUCGUUCUAGAUAAGCACAAAUGGAUCCAAGCAACCCUUGCCACCAAAAAGCGCCUCUCAAACGACACCCAGCUCUACACCUUUACCCUCCCACCCCCCGCCAAAAAACUCGGCCUCUCAACAGGCCAACACAUUCAACUCGGCUUCCACUUCGAAGACCGUCUUGUCGUGCGUCCAUACACGCCCACCCGACCAAUCCUCGACUUCGAAGAUGACGGCUCUUUUGACCUUGUUGUAAAAACAUACUUCCCCGAUGAGAACCAGCCCGGCGGAACAAUGAGUAAUAUCCUCGACUGUCUACGCGAGGGCGAGGAAGUUGAAGUUAAGGGACCGUCAGGCGAAAUUCGAUACUUAGGGAACGGGCGGUUCGAGGUCGAUGGUGACGAACACACGUUCAACAGCGUCACCUUAAUCCUUGGUGGAUCAGGCGUAACACCAGGCUACCAAAUAAUAGCCCGAAUUCUCAAAACCACCGACGACAAGACGAAGAUCAAAGUCAUUGACGCGAAUAAAUCAGAAAACGAUAUCUUACUCGCCGCUGACCUAGAUGAUUUUUCCAAGAAUCACGGUGAUCGAUUCCAAAUUGCACAUGUGUUAUCUCAUCCCAGUGAUAGCUGGAAAGGAUUAAAGGGACAUGUUAAUGAGGAUAUUAUUAAGGAACAUGCAUUCGAGCCUGCGGAGGGAAAUGUGGCACUGCUUUGUGGACCGCCGGCUAUGAUUCAGAAGGCUGCGUUGCCAGCGUUAAAGAACUGGGGGUAUGAUGAGGAUAGGAAUUUAUUCGGGUUUUAGUUUGUGGAUUUUGGGUUUUAUAUGUAUUUCGCAUUAUUCAUAGCCCCUGCAAAUAUUAUGAAUCUCGUACAUUUUGGCCAAUAGUCUCCUGGUAACUAUCACGAAGCACGUAUAGAGUUACAUGCUGGUUUGUUGCUGCUAUUUAAUG